AUGUCACAGCAAGCUUCACUCCAGUCCUUCUUCACCCAGUCCUCCCAGCAAGGGACAGCCCCCUCACAGAUCAGGAACACCCAGGUUCCCAACCAAACCCCAUCCGGAACACAGGAACAGGAAUUCUCCUCGAUCUUUGCAAAAGAAUCUGACUAUAACGAUCCUUACCAACCGAGCGUUGACUACCUCUACCCGAGCAUUGUCCCUCAAGACACCCACACCCAGACGGACCUAAACUAUAUCACCUGGGCCAUCAGACAUGCAACCAGCCGGAUCUGCCCACCCUCCGACAGGAUCGAAAUCCUCGAAGAGCAAACAACUACACUCCGGAGAACAGUGGAUACAUUGAAACACCAAAUUGAGGCCCAAACAAACAUGAUCACCAACAUGCAUUCGGCGAUUCACGCCCUCCUCAAUAAACAACCACAACCGCAGCAACCGCAACAACAACAGCAGCAACAACAACAACAGCAAAAGAGAACGGCGCCUCCAGCGGUUCCCCAAACAAUCCCCCAAGCAGCGCCACAGGCAGCUCCUCAGGCCCCCCCACCCGCACCUCCCCAACAAGUCCCACCCCGUGGAUGGAAGGCAGGCACCUGGGCCACCGUGGCCUCGGCACCCGGUCCUGCCCUAGGAAACUUCCAGGUUGUCGAGAGAAGAAAGAAGCCCGCAAAGCCAAAAGCGGACCCUCUCUUCAAACCAGAAUAUACCAAAAUUAACAGAGAAAUCAUUGUUGAAACCACUGCUCCAUCCGAUGUCAAUCCCUCUGAAAUCAGGACCCUAGUCAAUGCAAGAAUUCAGGACGAAUCCUGCCACUUCAUUUCAGCAAGGAGAACACCUAAGGAUAACUUCAUCCUGGAAACCAAGUUUAUCACCCCAGCAACAAAGGCAAUGGAAUACGCCAAAGAAAUUGAGGAGGCUCUCCUCACCCUACAAGUACCGGUCGCGAUCAUCCGCGCAAACUCCAAAUGGUCAAAAUUCCUUAUCCACGGAAUCCCUACUACGAUGGGAGAAGGCGUUGAGGCAGGACAACUGGUUCCCCGCUGGAUCUCCAGAGCAGAGACUCGAAUGGAGAAAACCCACUCAUCAAUGGUCAUCGCGCUCCCAGGACAAGUUACAAUGGAAACACUAGGAGUUAAGUUCCUAUCCCUCUUUAACCGAAGCUGCCACAUCGAGGCCUUCCUCCCAACCUUCCCAGACACCCAGUGCGCGAAGUGCCUCGAAUACGGUCACCGCCAGGAGAAAUGCAAAAACAAUGGGAGAUGCGGUCACUGUGCCGGAGAUCAUCUCACCAGCUUCCACCCAUGCAAUCAAUGCCAGGGAGGAUAUAGAUGCACCCACACCCCAAUCAGAUGUCUGAACUGUAAAGGAAUCCAUAAGGCCUCCGACCCAGCAUGCCCCGAAAGAGUCAAACGCCGAUUCCUCAACAAAGGAAAGGAAAACGCCCCACCCGCCCAAGACCCACCGGCCGCACCCGUCCAAGAGCCUCGAACCACUGCGCUCGCACACCAACUCAAUUGUGCACGGAGCGAACUUAUUACCAAGGCGGCGGUAGAAGAAGCGGAAACAGACUCUAGUAUUUAUUUUUUAUUACUACAAGAACCAUGGACCUCAGCAGAGGGAUACCCACCAGAAUCAAAUCUCUUUUAUAUUUUUACAGCCAGCAACACCAAUACGAAAUGCGCAACAUACGUCCGCAAACAUGCCAACCUCAAACCAAAACACCACUACACACACGAUAAUUUCAUAGUAUCGAUUACGGUAGAAAUCCAGAACAAGAAAACCCAAAUCCUAAAUAUAUACUCCCCAGGCCGAAGUGGCCCCUUUGCCCAAAUAGCAAAAACAAUCCAAACCCUCGACAACUGUCUAGUAAUGGGAGACUUCAACUGCCAUCAUCAAAUGUGGUACGGAGUAACAUCACAUGAAUACAGAAACAACAUCCGAGCAGACCGCGCCAACGGCGUCUUUACGCACUUCCCCAGAGACAGAGGAAAAAGGCCUACAAUUAUCGACCUUACAUUUGUAAAAGGCCCAGCUCUCGACCACAACCUACGAUGGAGCACUGAACCCUAUGGAGCGGGCUCAGACCACGGGAGAACCUCCGUUCACUUACACUUGGAAAAACCACCAUUCGUACCAAGACGAAU